CCCGCCGCCCCACGCAUGGCACCGGCGUCGUUGGUCAUGAACCCCGCUGGGCUCAGGGCUCGCGGCGGGGACGGCACCGGGUCCGCCCCUCUGCCCUUCAGCGUCGAGUCGCUGCUGGAGGCAGAGCGCGGGCCGGACUCGGAGCCUGCAGAGCCAGGGGAGCAAAGGCAGAGGGGUGACACAGAGCCCGGACCCUGGUUCCCGCCCGCUGCCAGCGCGUGUCCCCCACGUGCCCUCAGCCCUUCACCCUGCACCCUCCGAAAACACAAGAACACCCGCAAGCCGCGGACGCCCUUCACCACCGCACAGCUGUUGGCGCUGGAGCGCAAGUUUCACCAGAAGCAGUAUCUGUCGGUCGCCGAGCGUGCAGAGUUCUCCCGCAGCUUGAGCCUCACCGAGACGCAGGUCAAGAUCUGGUUUCAGAACCGCCGGGCCAAAGCCAAGCGGCUGCAGGAGGCCGAGCUGGAGAAGUUGAAGCUGGCAGCCAAGCCGCUGCUGCCCUCUUUCUCCCUGCCCUUCCCUCUAGGCGCACCGCUGCACGGAGGUGCGGCUGGCGCUCUGCCGCCAGUGCCCGGGCUCCUCGCGGGACCGGCCGCCGCCUGUGGCUUGUACUAUCUGUCUUAGGCUGAAGGGCUGGGGUCGGUCUGGCAGCGGUGCGGGUGCGUGGGCGGCCUUGUCCCGUGAGUCCCAGGCGGCCAGUGCCAGCACAGGCCUGCCAUUCGGCCCGGUCCGCAGACCAUUCCCACACUUCCCAGCGGCGCUACUUCUGGUAAUUACCAGCGUUUCGAUAUCACUUUCUAGGUUUGGUUUUUGUUUUUACUUUUAUCUUUAUUUUUUAAAUUUGCUAAUGCAAUGCUACUUUGAUUCUUGAAAACUAUUUGUGGUUAUUUUAGAUUUUAAAUUUUUCUUAAAAUCAUGUUCCUACCAAACUCUUCUGAAAAGCAAUGAAAAGAGCUUCAUACAGUGGUCUCGAAAUGAACCAAAACAGUUCCUCUUACUUUUUACAAAGCAACCAACAAAGUACUGUGAGGUUUGUGCUGGGGAUCUGCCGCUGGUCUGAUGCCCCUCCAGGUGACCAUGUACACGCAGAAGAAUCUACGAGACUGUUUUGAACCGCGGCAAGAAAGGAAUUCCAGAGCAAGCAAUUAAAAUAAUUUGAUGCCAAGACUGCUAGAAAAAAGUUAUUUUGAUUGUGACUAGAUUUAUUAUGUCUAAGCAAAAUGGAAACUUUCACGCUUAAUUUAGGAACUUCCUUCGUUUUUAAAAAAUAUAGACUAUUCAGUGAGUCCAAGGCAAAAGACUGUGUCAUGGGGGUGGAUAGAGAGGAUCAGAGGCCGAGGGUUCCACUCUGGAGUUUAAGGACAGACUACCGGUGAGAUACUCCUUAGGGCCUGUCGUGGGGCAGGGGCAGCGGUCGAUCAGUCCCGACCUCGCGCCCUCUGCUGUCUGGUGCCCCUGGCGACAGUAAGAAGAACUGCCCGGGUACCCAGCAGGGAGCACCCAGGAGGAGGCCAGGGUCUUGGGAAUGUCCUAAGGCUUCCCUCUAACUUGCCCCAGAGGCCAGGGACACACUGGUGAUCCUUGUGCUGCUGCUUGGCACUGCAUUGAGCUCAUUUAUGAAUGGGACGCCUCUGGCUCUACCUGAGGAAGAAAACUGCUAUGCUAUGUAUGAUCUUACCUAUGCUGAGGGGCUGCCUCUGUGGGGCAUUCACCCUCCACGCAGGAUUGAGAACCCUUGAGGUGCCUGUCCCUGAGAUACAAAAGCAAAAAAAAGCGUUGUUUUCCAUGUUAUCUUCAGCUGGAGUAUGGAGGCUUAAGGAUAAAGUGUGGUGUGAGUUUACACAAGCUCCCCUGUGGGUAACAGUGGGGAGAGCAGGCAAGUCCUUCCUGCCCUCCCAGCUCUUCCCUUCCAGCUGGAGAGAAGGAACUGGACCAGGAAGGGUGCUGGCUGUGUGGACAAGAGGACCAGGAGGAAUUCCACAUUCUCCCAGCAGGACUUGAGUUGAUGGCACUGGCCUGGGGUCCCCCUGGCAUGCAGGAGGGAAGGACCCCGCUAUAAGUACUCAAUAGGCUGCUGUGUGACCAUGUCACAAGCAAACAACAGCAGACACACAGACUUCACUGCGUUCUGCUCUGGUUAAAAACACCUGACACUGCAGAUAACACUAUACCAAAUUGCCUGAUGAUGUCUAUCAGACAUUCUCCCUGCUUCGCCAAGAAAACAGAAACUCUUGGGUUUUUUAAAUGAAAUGAUGGAAGGCAAAGCACCCACCCCUUUCGGCUUGCCAGCGUGUGCUGGAGCCUGAGCUGUCACACUUGAUCUUAGCAAGAAGGCCAAAAAGCGAUGGAACCUGAGUUGUUAAACCCUAUCUCAGCCACAAUUUUCAGGUGGACAGACCCACUCUUGGUCUGUAAAUACUACAACAAAAAGGCGCUUGGGGAAUCGGGAGGCUGGAGCCUCAGCAGCCAACAAUUCCCAUGACCCCAGGCACACCCCUGCUUUUUAUGAUCUGUGCAUACUUGGAUUCUGUUUUCAAAUCUGAGGUUCCCAAGAGACACUGGGUAAGUCAGGACCUAGUUUUAUGGUUCAGUCAUGGUGUUUGUUUUGGGGGAUCUUUAUUUGUUUUGUGUAUGUGUGUGUGUGUACUGUAAAUU